UGCAUGGCAUGAGAUGAGGCGUGGCUGAGGAGUUUGUUUGAUGACUACUCUCAAAUAUAAGGCAUAAACAACCGUAAAAAAUAGUUUAAUUUAAAAUCCGUACUUUAGUACGGAUUGAUAAGAAUUAAAUACAAAUAUUAAAAAAAAUGGGUCAAAACGGUGAUUACCCAAGAGCAUCCAAUGCUGUUGUCUUUGGAGGAAUUAUUACUUAUGCAGGAGGUGUGCUCUUGCUCAUGGCAUUUUCAAGUCCUUACUGGAUACAAUCAUAUGUAGAAACAUUCAGUACUUUUAAAAACAUGGGUUUAUGGGAAUAUUGCUUUGAAAAUUUCCGUUAUCCAUAUUAUCAGUUUGAUAAAUUAUUUAAUGGCUGCCAUCACAUAUUUUCUGAGGAAUAUUAUGUUAUUCGAGAGUGGCUACUGCCAGGAUGGCUCAUGGUUGUCCAGACAUUUGUCACACUUAGCUUCUUAUUAUCAUUUGCUGGUCAAAUAGUUCUAGUAUUAAUUUUGAUCAGAUUCCCUUUAAAAUUUGUCUUGGAAAAUGAAUGGCUUCUAUCAAGUAUUGUUUGUGUUUGUAAUGGUAUUACUGGUGCAUUACUAUUUCUUGCGGUUUCUAUUUUUGGAGGUCAAUGUUGGAGGAGAGAUUGGAUGAUGUAUCCAAACUUUAAUCACCUGUCAUGGUCAUAUGGAUUAUGUGUAAUAUCUUUCAUGUUUCAUGGAGUUGGCGCUUUCUUCCUGUAUUUGGAUGCUCGAUCAAAUUACAGAAGACGUAGAGAAUCUCGGAAUUUGGUUAUGCAAAUGCAGCCAAAUCCUCAAACUCACCAUGGGUUACAGCGAGCAAAUUACAUUUAAGAUAAAUUGACUAAGAAGUUCUGAUGAAUCUUUUUACUAUAAGAGUAGUAAUAAGGUAUGUUGUCUUACAAAGUCAACAUAAUCAAGUACAAGUAUUACUUGUUCCGUCCAUUUUCAUACUAAGAAUUUAUUAGAUUAAAAUAUGUGUCCUUUGUUUAAUACACAAGUAGGGUUGAAAAUUUAAACAAUGGAAUUUUCACUAAUAUAUAUUAAGACUUGAGAUAUAAUUUUAUAUAUUUAAAAUAUUGUAAUCUGUCCAUUAUAACUCAAUUUCAUACAUUCACGAUUUUAUAUCUUAUGUGAUAAAAGACUAAGAAUUUUAUGGACAUACAUUUGUGGUUUCAAGACGAAAUGUCUUUUAUAUUUUAUAAAUAAGCAACUCAUAGGUAGUAUUUUUACCAUGCGUGUAUUGAUUAAUAUUUUAAGUGCCUUUACAAUGUUGUAAAAUAUAAAUAACACAAUGCUUGUCCAAAAUGUGCAUGUUUAAUAUAUUUGAUUUCUGUAUUAUUUCUUUUCAAUAAUACAAAGUGAAAAAUGACUGCCUAUGAGAAAAUCAGACUACUUUAUACAAAUUAUUGCAACGAUAAAUUUUGAAAUAUUUAAUUUGUUAAGUUAACCACGCUAUUGUAUAAGCUCCAUAGCAAGAGACUUGUUUGAAGCAUGUUGGAACGUACGUAUUUUAUCGAGUAGUAUUAGCGCAAUGAGCUUAAGGACGUUACCCUCUUUUAUUAAAUGAAAACUAGGAAUAUCAAAGUUUUCAAUGUUUUCAUUUUACAGUAAUUUUUUUGACUUGUUAUAAUACAAAAUACUCAGAAAUUCGAAGUUGAAAAUGCUAUAUUUAAUAUGCGCUUUUAAGGCUUGAUAACACGAAGAAAAACUAUGAUAAAAAUAACACACAUGAAUAAGUUUGGGUACAUUAAUAGAAAAAACAUUAAUGGAAUAAUACUACAAAAUUUGAGCAUAUCUUAUAAUAACUUUGAUACAAAUAUUAUUUAGAAGCGACUCGCGGAGAGAUUAUGUUUAUUCUAAUUCAGUACUUUUAUGAUACAAUAUGACUUUUCAUAUUAUAGCAUUUUUUAAUUAAUAAAGCAAGCAGCAUUGAGUUUAUUUUCAAGCAAGCAUACGUCGUCAUAAUGUUUUUUAUUUUAUGAAAAUUUAACUUUAUAUCGACAAAGUAUGAUGAUUCAGGGUAACGUCCUUAAAACUAUGAUUAUUAUUUACUAUACAUGUCAGGAAAUUCCGCUGAUUUUAUAAGAAAAAGUAUUUUAACUGUGGAAAGAAAUUAAAAAUAUG